GGGGCGGGGGAAACCGAGGGAGGUGGCCGCGCAGGCGCAGAAGAGCGCGAUGCGAGCGCCCGUGCGCGGCUGGGGCCGGAGUCUUUGCAGCGGGCUGCGAGUUCGAGUCGCGAUGUCGGCGGCGGCGGCGGCGGCGCAAUGCGGGCAGGGCGGCCGGGUGCGCUCGGUGCUGGGCACCAUGGAGUUCGGGCGGCGGGUGGGCCCGGAGGCCAGCGGGGCCAUGCUCCGAGCCUUCCUGGCCCGCGGGCAGACCCAGCUGGACACCGCCUACAUGUACGCGGGCGGCGAGUCUGAGCGCAUCCUGGGCGCCCUGCUGGCUGCAGACCCCAAAGCUGCGGGGACAGUUAAAGUGGCCACAAAGGCCAACCCCUGGGAUGGCAAAACGCUGAAGGCUGAGAGCGUCCGCUCCCAGUUGGAGACGUCCCUCCAGAGGCUGCAGAUGAAGAGCGUCGAUCUCUUCUACCUCCACGCUCCCGAUCACGAAACACCCGUGGAGGAGACGCUGCGGGCUUGCAACGAGCUCCACAAACAGGGGAAGUUUAAGGAACUUGGCCUCUCUAACUACGCUUCUUGGGAGGUGGCAGAGAUCUGUACCAUCUGCAAGUCAAACAGCUGGCUGCUGCCAACGGUGUACCAGGGCAUGUACAAUGCAACCACCCGCCAGGUGGAGACGGAGCUCCUGCCGUGCCUGAGACAUUUCGGGAUCCGGUUCUACGCCUACAAUCCUCUGGCCGGCGGGCUUCUGACCGGGAAGUACAAGUACGAAGACAAAGACUCGAGCCAGCCCACUGGCAGGUUUUUCGGCAAUGACUGGGCCAAAGUCUACAGGGACAGAUACUGGAAAAAGCACCAUUUCCAAGCGAUCGCCCUGGUGGAAAGUGCGUUGCAGGAGGCCUACGGGUCAACCCCCACCAGCCUGACUUCAGCGGCUCUGCGCUGGAUGUACCAUCACUCAAAGCUGCAGGGUGACCACGGGGACGCCGUGAUCAUUGGGAUGUCCAGUAUGGACCAGUUGCAGCAAAACCUCAACUGCAGCGAGGAGGGUCCCCUUCUGCCCAGUGUGGUGGAAGCCUUCGAGAAAGCCUGGCAUCUCACGGCUCACGAUUGUCCCAACUACUUCCGCUGAACGUUGGCAGGCCGGAGGAGAAAUGGGGUUGCUGGCCAGCUACCCUUUUCUCUGGGACUUGCUUUUCUAAAAGCAUCGUCCUCUUGCUGGUGAGAGCCCGGUCCCCCAUCUCCUAAAGCACCUAAUAAAUACAGAGCCAAUACCACUGUUGCCUUGGGGGGGAAGAUGGCACUUUUCUCCUGUGCAGCAUCUCCCGAUUUCUCCUCCUCUUCUCCCGAUUUGCCCACACUCUCUGCUAAAACACUACUUAUUAACAGAGCCUUUAAUGGGUUAGGGUCACCAGUUGAUUCAAAAAAGUUAGGAAGAGAGAGAAUUUAAACCGGGUUCAGGAAACGGACCGAUCUUUGCUUUUUUCAUAAUCAGUGGACUUCUCUAUCUUGAAUUCCUAUUGUCUGUUGGAGACGUUACCAGAAUAAAUGUUUCUAAACAAAAGGA